AUGCAAGCCGUACCAGAAUCCCGCCAGCAAACCUUCGAGGAGAUCUACGGGCCCCCGGAGAACUUCCUAGAGAUCGAGGUCCGAAACCCGCAAACCCACGGAACGUCCCGCAACAUGUACACCUCGUACGAGAUCGUCUGCCGCACCAAUAUCCCCGCUUUCAAGCUCAAGCACUCGGUUGUGCGUCGCCGGUAUUCCGACUUCGAGUACUUUCGCGACAUCCUGGAGCGCGAGAGCACGCGCGUCACCAUUCCUCCGCUCCCGGGUAAGGUGUUUACGAACCGGUUUAGCGAUGAUGUGAUCGAGCACCGACGAGAAGGGCUGCAGCGAUUCUUGCAGAUCGUGGCGGGUCACCCGCUGUUGCAGACGGGGAGUAAGGUUCUGGCAAGUUUUGUGCAGGAUCCGAACUGGGAUCGGAAUGCGUGGUAG